AUGGGAACUUCGAGUGCAAAUAACAUGGACGUGGACAUGGACGUGGACGUGGACAUGGACGUGGACGUGGACAUGGACGUGGACGUGGACGUAGACGUGGACGUGGACGUGGACAUGGACGUGGACGUGGACGUGGACGUGGACGUGGUCGUGGACGUGGACGUGGACGUGGACGUGGACCUGGACGGGGACGUGUACGCGGACGUGGACGUGGACGUGGACGUGGACGCGGACGCGGACAUGGACGUGGACAUGGACGUAGACGUAGACGUGGAUGUGGACGCGGACAUGGACGUGGACGUGGUCGUGGACGCGGACGUGGACGUGGACGUGGACGCGGACGUGGACGUGGACGUGGACGUCGUGGACGUCGUGGACAUGGACGUGGACGUGGACGUGGACGUGGACGACUUGGACGUGGACAUGGACGUGGACAUAGACGUGGACGUGGACGUGGACGUGGACAUGGACGUGGACAUGGACGUGGACGUGGACGUGGACGUGGACGUGGACGUGGACGUGGUCGUGGACGUGGACGUGGACGUGGACGUGGACGUGGACGUGGACGUGGACAUGGACAUUGACGUGGACGUGGAGGUGGACGUGGAGGUGGACGUGGAGGUGGACGUGGACGUGGACGUGGACGUGGACGUGGACGUGGACGUGGUCGUGGACGUGGACGUGGACGUGGACGUUGACGUGGACGUGGACGUGGACGUGGACGUGGACGUGGACAUGGACGUGGACGUGGACGUGGACGUGGACGUGGACGUGGAGAACUUGGACGUGGACGUGGACGUGGACGUGGAGAACUUGGACGUGGAGAUGGACGUGGACAUGGACGUGGACGUGGACGUGGACGUGGACGUGGACGUGGACCUGGACGUGGACAUGGACGUGGACAUGGACGUGGACGUGGACGUGGACGUGGACGUGGACGUGGACGUGAACGCGGACGUGGACGUGGACAUGGACGUGGACGUGGACGUGGACAUGGACGUGGACGUGGACGUGGACGUGGACGUGGAGGACGUGGACGUGGACGUGGACGUGGAGAACUUGGACGUGGACGUGGACGUGGAGAACAUGGACGUGGACAUGGACGUGAACGUGGACGUGGACGUGGACGUGGAGGACUUGGACGUGGACAUGGACGUGGACGUGGAGUGGACGUGGAUGGACGUGGACGUGGACGUGGACGUUGACGUGGACGUGGACGUAGACAUGGACGUAGACGUAGACGUGGACGUGGACGUGGACGUGGACGUGGACGUGGUCGUGGACGUGGACGUGGACGUGGACGUGGACGUGGACGUGGACGUGGACGUGGAGGUGGACGUGGAGGUGGACGUGGACGUGGACGUGGACGUGGACGUGGACGUGGACGUGGACGUGGUCGUGGACGUGGACGUGGACGUGGACGUGGACGUGGACGUGGACGUGGACGUGGAGGUGGACGUGGACAUGGACGUGGACAUGGACGUAGAGGUGGACGUGGACGUGGACGUGGACAUGGACGUAGAGGUGGACGUGGACGUGGACGUGGAGAACGUGGACGUGGACGUGGACGUGGACGUGGACGUGGAGAACUUGGACGUGGACGUGGACGUGGACGUGGAGAACUUGGACGUGGACGUGGACGUGGACGUGGACGUGGACGUGGACGUGGACGUGGACGUGGACGUGGACGUGGACAUGGACGUGGACGUGGACGUGGACGUGGACGUGGACGUGGACGUGGACAUGGACGUGGACAUGGACGUGCACAUGGACGUGGACGUGGACGUGGACGACGUGGACGUGGACGUGGACGUGGACGUGGAGGACGUGGACGUGGACGUGGACGUGGACGUGGACGUGGACGUAGACGUGGACGUGGACGUGGACGUGGACGUGGACGUGGACGUGGACGUGGACUUGGACGUGGACGUGGACGUGGACGUAGACGUGGACGUGGACGUGGACGUGGACGUGGACGUGGACGUGGACGUGGACGUGGACGUGGACUUGGACGUGGACGUGGACGUGGACGUGGACGUGGACGUGGACGUGGACGUGGACAUGGACGUGGACGUGGACGUGGACGUGGACGUGGACAUGGACGUGGAGUGGACGUGGAGGUGGACGUGGAGUGGACAUGGAGUGGACGUGGACGUGGACAUGGACGUGGACGUGGACGUGGACGUGGACGUGGACGUGGACGUUGACGUGGACGUGGACGUGGAGGACGUGGACGUGGACGUGGACGUGGAGAACUUGGAAGUGGACAUGGACGUGAACGUGGACCUGGACGUGGACGUGGAGGACUUGGACGUGGACAUGGACGUGGACGUGGACGUGGACAUGGACGUGGACGUGGACGUGGACGUGGACGUGGACAUGGACGUGGAGGUGGACGUGGACGUGGAAGUGGACAUGGACCUGGACCUGGACGUGGACGUGGACGUGGACGUGGACAUGGACGUGGACGUGGACGUGGACGUGGACGUGGACAUGGACGUGGACGUGGACAUGGUCGUGGACGUGGACGUGGACGUGGACGUGGACAUGGACGUGGACGUGAACAAGACGUGGACGUGA